UUCCCUCUAAUAGUUUUUCAACUUUCAUGGACCGAAAGUAAUGUAUUGUACAAUGUUUCUGGGUUACAGUGUAACGUAAAAGAUUGAACUCCCUUUUCCAAGUUAGGUUCAUUUCAAGUGGUGGUGACUUCUUCCUUUUGGUGCGGUCAUCAUAACGCUCCCACACAUAAAAUCUCAUGUACACAUCCCCAUUUCUCUUCCUUUCUCUUCCUCUUCACUUUCUCUCUCACCACUUUAUUUCAUUUCACACUCUCCUCCACCACUACCCAGUUUUUGCCCCCAAAAUGGCAAAGACCUUCCAAAUUCUACUCUCAAUGAUGCUUCUUCACUUGAUUUACGCUUCUACUGCGAAGGCGGCAAGGCUAACUGUCACGAAUAAGGAGCAGAUAGAGUGUACGCUGUGUGACGCUUGCGAGAACCCGUGUCAACCACCUAUAACUUAUGCAUCUCCACCACCACCACCAACACCUUCACCACCUCCGCCCACACCAACAAACGAUUGUCCACCACCGCCGUCUCAAAGUACUCCAACAUAUUACUACUCACCGCCACCUCCAUCAAAUAAUCCAACUCCAACUUACACUUACUCUUCACCACCACCACCAGGUCAAGCUAUAGGUGGAUUAGCCAAACCACCACCUAAUGGUUAUAGCUUAUAUCCUGGACCACCACCACCUAAUCCGAUCGUACCUUACUUUCCAUUUUACUAUCAUGCUCCUCCGCCACCUCAAUUCUCUUCAGCAAAUUUGAUUGCAAUCAAAAACUGUUUUUCAUUGAUAUCUAUUGUUUCGGUUACUAUUUGCUAUUUUUAGUAAGUAAUUAUAGAUCUGAAGUUCCCCAAAUUACCCCUUCAAGGAAACUUAUUUAAUCGGCAGCAUUUUUAGCAUGGAAUAGAGCCAUGAACGCGAUUGAAGCACGGUUUAGGGCUUCAAAUUCGUUCUACCACGAUGGUGAUUAUCGAUCAAGUGCAUAAGAAAUCCACGGCUGAUGAUGUUAGUAUUGGUUAGAAACGAAUAAUCUGUAAUUUUCUAUAUAUUUCUUGCCCUUAUUGUCAUUUAACUGUUAUUACACAAAUAAUGCAAAAUUAUAGAAAAAUUCUUCUUUUGCUGUGGGAUUCAACUUUAA